UUUAUUUAUAUACUAUUCCCACCCUCGCAAGAGGAUUCAUCACCAGAUUGUUCUGGAUCGACACUUAGUUAUAUAUAUCAUCCAUCUAUCCAUCACUUCAUCCAUCCAUCCACCAACCUUUUUCCCUACAUUUAUCCAUCCAUUCAUCCAAUCACUUCCACAUCCCCUUCCCCGCACAUCCCAAUAACCUCCAGAGACCAUGCAUUUGUAAAGACCCUGCAGCUUAGCCAAAUAUCAAAUAUCCAAUCCAUCAAUCCAUCAAUCAAAAUAUACCUAUUUAUUCCACCAGGUGGACCAGUCCAGUCCGGUCUCUGCCCUCAC